UUAUCAAAUUCAAGAAUUUAUCGAAACACCGUUUUAAUAUCGAAUCAAAUAAUACUAACAAAAGUUUAGCUUUCUUCAAACGAUUUGGAAAUACAGACAGUCUUUAAAUUUAAAAUGGAGGAAAUAACUCAAAUAGUAGAAAACAUAAUGGCAAAACUGCGCGACAGGAAUGUAAAAAACGGAAAUUUCAACAUAGAGCAAGCAAGCGCAGACACAACUGGUGGUACAAAAGAUAAGUGUACUCAAACCUCUAAUGAAUGUUAUAUUUUGAUAUCAGUUAGUCAGAGCGAGGAUGGCUACAGUUAUACCACUUGGAAAGUGUUACUAGAUACGGAAAAUGUAUUUCAAAUGGAGCGCCAAACUUCUCAAAGAGAAAUAUCAACUCAAACUAAUGAAAAUUCUGCAUUAAAUAAAAAUUAUAUCACAAUCGAUGAUGAUUAUACGAUGGGUGAUGUGUUUGAUGAUACGAGUGAAUGGAGAGAGUUUAUAGAUGAUAAAAUACAAAAUAAACCAAAAUUUGUUGUUAAUUCAAAACGUCAAAAGAAGAAACGAAGAAAUGUUCGCAAUCCGAUUUGGAGAAGACGAGAUCUUAGCGGAGAUCCAAAUAAUAAUUCUUUUACCACGUAUAUGUCAAAUGAUAAUCAAUUCUCAGAUAAAAAUCGUGAUAGAGAAAUAUAUGGAUUCCACGAUUCUGAAACUUUGCUUUUGUCUAUGGAUGAUUUUGGAAAAAAUCUAACAAAUAUGCCAUUCCAAACACUAGAUACUGAUAUCGGAUCACGGAACAUAAGUAAAUAUCUUAAUUGUAGUUGUGUAUCUGACAAUGACUACUCUGUGGAAGAUAUUGAAUCGAACAUUUUCGCGUCUGAUUUAAAUGAAAUGGAUUUGAAUGAAAACGUAAAAAGUGAGGAUUUAGACACUCAAAAUAUGUAUGAAGAAGUUAUAAACGUUUCUGAAGAAAGCUUGAGUGAUGAAUUAACAAAGGAGGUUACUGGUCCGGAUUUUGAUAAAACGGAGCAAACAACAGAAAAAAGAAUUAAAAAAAUCACCUUGGAAGAAUAUAGAAGGAGGUUAGCGGAAAAAGCGAAUGCAACGGGGAAUGUAAAUGAACAAAAUUCACCAAAAAAAUAUUCAAGCUAGCCUAAGAUAGUCUUAGUAAAUAGUUUCUUAAUUAUACUUCAAGAGCAU